AAGUUGAAAAGUGUGAGAGCUGUCAGAAUCCCUAAAGGGGAAAGGGAGAAAAUGAGGAAUAUGUAUUUAUUUAUCUUCCUUUAUUUUAUUUCCAUCUAAAAGUAACCAAAGUUUUUCAUCGGCUUCCUUUCUUCUUUCUAUUUUUUGUGGAUUAACUUACCAGGAUUUAAAGAAUACUGCGUUUUUACUGAAAGCUAUGGUGGCUUACGAUGAGCUGGGUAGCUUGGUGCCUAUCAAACGAACUUUACAAGUGAUAGACUGCCAGAACCAAGCCAACAAGGAAUCAGAGGAACCCAGCAACAAGCGUGUCCGUCCUCUUGGCAGGGUGACGUCACUUGCCAGUCUCAUCUCUCCGGUUAAGAAUGGGGCCGUUAGGCGCUUUGGCCAAACUCUCCAGGCCUCUCUCCGGGGUGAUGGUAAGUCACCGGGCGUGCCCCAGAAGCCUUGCACAAAGGCACCCACACCACCUAAAAGGAGGAACAGCGUCCUGUGGUCAGAGACAAUAGAUGUCCAUCAGAAGGGAACGUUCUCCACCGAGGAGAUCAAACGACAGGAGGCUAUAUUUGAGCUGUCUCGUGGAGAACAAGACCUUAUCGAGGACCUCCAGCUUGCACGCAAGGCGUACCAUGACCCUAUGCUGAAGCUUUCUAUAAUGUCUGAGGAGGAACUAACCCACAUCUUUGGCAAUCUGGAUGCCUACAUUCCUCUUCACGAAGACCUGUUGGCUCAGCUCUCUAAAGCAACAGGACCAGAUGGGACCGUGUGUCAAAUUGGGCAGAUUGUAGUUAGAUGGCUGCCCAGGCUCAAUGCCUACAAGGACUACUGCAGUAACCAGCUGGCAGCCAAGGCACUGCUAGAUCUAAAGAAGCAGGACCCACGGGUGCAGGAUUUUUUACAACGCUGCCUCGAGUCACCAUUCAGUCGGAAGCUGGAUCUGUGGAGUUUCUUGGACAUCCCACGAUCUCGCCUGGUCAAAUACCCCUUGCUGCUCAAAGAAAUUCUGAAACACACUCCAGCAGAACAUGCUGAUGCCAGCAGCCUGGAGGAGGCAAUUUACAUCAUUCAGCAUGUUCUUUCUGACAUCAACAUGAAGAAAGGGGAAUCUGAGUGCCAGUACUACAUCAAGAAGCUGGAGUAUCUUGACGACAGGCAGAGGGAUCCUCACAUCGAGCAGUGCAAAAGCCUUUUGUGUCAUGGCGAGGUGCGCAACAAGAGUGGCACGAAGCUGCAUGUGUUUCUGUUUACGGAGCUUCUGGUCCUGACUCGCUCCGUCACCAGAAAUGAACGUCAGUGUUUCCAAGUUUACCGCCAGCCAAUCCCAGUGCGGGACCUGGUGCUGGAGGACCUGCAGGAUGGAGAUGUCAGAAUGGGUGGCUCCUUCCGAGGUGCCUUUAGCAAUGUGGACAAAGCAAAGAACAUUUUUCGUGUGCGUUCCCAAGAUCCAAACCAGGCGCAAUCCCACACCCUGCAGGUCAAUGAUGUCUUCCACAAACAGCAGUGGCUUAACUGUCUCCGCAGCGCCAUUUCCACCCACCAGCCCCUCAGUGAGCCUUCUAACCCAAGUGAUGCUACACAGUGCUUGUCCGCCAUAAUCCAUCUGCAGGAAGCAGACGAAAACUGCCCACGGCCAGUCUCAGAGUCCACUCCUAGCUCACCACGCAGCCCCACCACACCAUCACCUUCAACCCGCUCAUCGUCUUCAUCUUCAUCAUCAUCGCCACUUUUCUCAAUGACAUUACCAAAAAACAAAAAGGACAGAAAGUCUCUGUGUUCCUUAGGGAAACGCAAAGAGACCAUGGUGUGAAGUGAGAUGAAAAUGGACUGUUGACCGGACACUUUUUUGGGUCUUGUAGAUGUUUGUAUCAUUAUGACAGUGUUUUAUGUUACUGUCCUCUUUGGCAGCUAUCCAAGUGUGUUCCCUAGAGCCAGUGUUGUGGAGAAGGUGCACAAAUUCCACUGGCUCAAAAAGGAAAGUGCGAACCCGGAUUUUCCAAUGACUUUGUGUCAUGACUCUGAAGUGAAGAUCAAAUCUUGUUUACUUUUAAAUUGGUAUUUAAGUCUAAUUUUAGACCUGUUUCUGGGGGCUAAUGAAAGUUUUACAUAUUUAUACUCAAAAUAUAUUGUACUUUUUAUAGUUUUUCUUUUUUUUAUAGUACUGUUUUAGCUUUUAGAACACUUUUUUGUUUGUUUGUUUGUUUCUUGAAUGUAAAGAAGAAAACAAAAGAUGAGAUGUAAAGCUUUAAAUUAAUCGGAGGACUUGUCUUUAUGGUGUCUUCAUGUGAUGCAUUCCUUAAAUGACAGAUAUGAAUCCUGGGCACACAACUGAGGCAUUAAUUUAAGCCCCAAACUAAUUAAAUCUUGGUUUUCCCGCUAAUAAAAGCAAAAACUGCAAACCAUGAGAUGGUAUAGUUAUAUUAAAGAAGAAAUGACAAGUUUUGUUUUAAAACAAAACUUUGAACUGAGCCAUGUUGGCUACUUUUUAAAGCUGACUUUUCAGUAUAUCUUAAGACGUAGCUCUGUCCUUUUGGUUCAGGACGGUGUGAACAGAAUGGUAAAGAAAGUGUUGAAUCUUGAAGAGAACAGGGGUGUGCUGAUAAGGUUGACGUGAAAUAUUGCUCAUGGAAGAUGGACAGUUUUGUAGUACGAGUAGCUGAUGGUAAAAGUACGUAGGGGAAAGUAGUUGUAAAAUGGCUUUUGUAAACGUAGAAGGCGUAUUGGUACAGGAGGUUGAAACCUAAAAAAGGGCAACAUGUUUGCCAAAGUUUUUAUGGAUAUAAAAGAAUAAAGAUCUGUGUAAAAUUUGCAACUAAA